GGAAAUCCACACGCAGCGACCAUUGAGCACCUGUCGUCAACCAAGAAAACAUGACGAAGAACAACUACAAAACGGCUCUAGCUCUGCUGCUGCUUGCCGGGAUCUCCUCGGCAAUGCAGGACAUUCGAUUUGCCUCGCCUCUGCAAUCCCUGACCAUUCCGGAUCCCGAGGUGCUCGAGAAAAUUCCCGGUUCGUCUUCGUCGAAUGAUGGUGAUGGAGAACCAAUCGCACAACACACCAUGGUAACGCCCCGAAAUCGAUUCCUAAACCGUUUCACACAGGGCCUGAAAGCGGAAAAGACGGCUCGGGAAGAACUCGCUCUCGGAAUUGCUAAGAUCGAUGACGAUGCGUUCGACGCAAGCGGAAAAGAUUGGGUCAACCAAGCCAAGAGCGCCGACGAACGACGCCGUCGCACGGAAGGUGCAUUCAUUGAAAGCGCCCACGAUGCCGCGGUGGCCAAAUGCGAAGCCUCAACUGGAAAGGACGCCGAGGGCAGACCCAAGAAUCCGAACAAGUACCAAUUUGUUGGGCUUGUGGAUCGAAGCAAUAAAGACAAGCCCAUUUCGUGGCACGCCCGCCCCAAACCAGAGAAUUCCAAGUGGUCUGUUCGAUUGGUGCACGUCAAUAAGGAAGCUAUUGUCAAAGAUUUGUUCGACCGGGGCAAGAUCGACAUUUUCGCGAAGUACACCAACACGGGACGCAAAGUGCAAAUCGAAGAAAAGGGCGAAGACGGCUCAACGAUUAUGAAGAGCACCAACGUCCCUAUCGUGACCACAAAAUACGAAGCUCKGGAACGAUCAUUGAAGUAAGUCGGGUGUUAAAGUACUCUUUCGUUGUUUCAAGAAAACUUUCUUGAAUCAACGGCCUGAAGUUCUGUUUUUGGUUUUUAAGUGGCGGAUGAUUGGCUGUCCAUUAGAAGCUGCGGGCAUCCGAUCUGCUUUAAGCCUCUCCUCCCCUCCCUUUCGUUUUGUAUGGCUCAUCUUACUUACUCUGAAUUUCUUUGGGGCCUUUUUUUUAGAAAUCUCUUCAAUUUUUCUCCGAAGCAUUUCUUCACCGACUCUUCCGGUGCGUACUGGAGGGAACGACGUCUCCGACCGGGAAUGUACACAGACGGGGACAGCGUUUACGAAUCCAGCUAUCGCUACCGGGACGGAAGAAAUGGAAUGCACAAGAUCGGAACCCUGCAGCAAUUCCUGUCCUCUUCGUCGGUCGACACGAAUGACAAGGAAAAAAUUCUGAAAAAACUAAAUGAGGCGGCCCCCGAUGUUGUCCUUGAGCUAUAAACAAAGCGUACGAGUGUACGUUGUCAUAGAAUUAUGAUAUAAUAUAAACUUCCUUUUCUA